UGUGUGUGUGACUGGAGUCCGAGCGACACACACCGCCCUCCUCUCUGAUCGCACACACUCCCGAAAACACACUUUCAGUAUUUAAAGUCUUCAUUCAUAAAACCAGCAGCAUGGACCUGGACCCCACCGUCAUCAUUCCCGCCAUCCUUUUCACCGUCGUCGCCGUUUAUUUCGCCUCUUCGCUCCUCAGCAAGAAGCCCGACGCCUCCUCCUCCUCCUCCUCAGCCGGGAACAAGAAGCCCAGAGUCGGCUACGGAGACGACGUCCCUCCGUCCAGAGCUCUGGGGGAGCAGCUCCGACCCGAGCCCGAAGUCUCCCCGCGCCCUGAAGCUCCUGCUCCGGCUGUGGAGGACAUCGGAGCCGCUGAGAAGAUCCAGGACGUUCCGGAUUCACAAGUGAAGGCGGUCCCAGAACCAAAACCAGCACCAGAACCUGUCCCAGAACCAGUGAAAGCACCAGAACCUGUCCCAGAACCAGUGAAAGCACCAGAACCUGUUCCAGAACCAGAAGUCACAGUACCAGAGACUGUACCAGAACCAGUUGCAGCACAAGCAGUAGCUGCAGUACCAGAACCUAUGCCAGAACCUGUAUCAACAGCAGAGCCUGUCCCAGAGCCAAUAUCGGCACCAGAGCCUGUCCCAGAGCCUGUCCCAGAGCCUGUCCCAGACCCAGUAUCAGCACCAGAGCCUGUCCCAGAACCAGUAUCGGCACCAGAGUCUGUCCCAGAGCCUGUCCCAGACCCAGUAUCGGCACCAGAAUCUGUCCCAGAGCCUGUCCCAGACCCAGUAUCGGCACCAGAAUCUGUCCCAGAGCCUGUCCCAGACCCAGUAUCGGCACCAGAAUCUGUCCCAGAGCCUGUCCCAGAGCUGGUUGCAGUGCCUGAUCCAGACCCUGUGGUCGAGUCUGAACCAGCACCUGAAGUGAUCCUGCAGCCUGUGGCUGAACCAGAAGGAGCUGUGGAGGACUCUUCACUGGAGCUGGUCCCUGGUUCCACAGAGGACAGCCUGCCGACCCCUGAACACGUGGCAGAGGCUUCACCCGAGCCCAAACCCGAACCUGACCCAGAGACCGUCCUGAACAACGAUGUGGCUGCAGCUGAAGAUACAGUGAAGUUCACUCCGGGAAAGAAACAGAGCAAGUUUGAGACCCUGAUGACGAAGGAGGAGAUCGAGGAGGAGCAGAGGAUAGAGCUUACAUCUGAUUUGACCUGUCUGUAAUCAGCCUCAGCAGACAGAGUGUUAGGAGGGAGAUGAACAACUGAAGGAUCCACAUAAGACUUCAAACCCCCGCCUUAGAGCUGAUCUGUGAAGAGGAGGAGGAGGAGUGAAGAAUGAACCUAUGCAUUUAGUAGGAGAUUAAAAACCUGCCCGUCUUUGUGUUAGCUGAGCUUUUUCUGGGAGGGGAACCAGAGCUUUCAGGCGUCCUUUCACCAAAGUGCCUUCAGGAAUCUGCUGUUUGUCUGAAGAUAAGAGAAAAGUUUCAGGCGUCAAACCCUGAAAACCAAGAGUUGUGUUAACUGAAGCUUUGUGUGUAGUUAUUGUGAUAAAAGGGCAGAGGAAGGAUUGUGUGACAUUUUCUGUUUUUAAUGUGUCAUGUAAACCUGAAGCGUCGGCUGUGUCAGUCAGCGUGGAAUAACCUGUGCCUCUCACCUUUCUGCAGAGUUUGGUUUGGAUGUUAAACAUGAAAUAAACGUGUGAAACUGU